AUGUCUUCAUCGAUUGUUUCAGCACUUAAUUUUGCUUCGUCAGAAGUAACGAUCUAUUUAGGCACCCCACUUCUUCUUACUGGUGUUAUUGGUGGAAUAUUCAAUAUUAUUGUUUUUCUUAGUCUACAAACAUUUCGACAAAACUCAUGUGCAUUCUACAUGGUAGUAAUGUCGUGUGCUAACAUUGGUCAAUUGAUGAUGGGUUUACUUUCUCGUCUUGUCAUCACUGGCUUCAAUGUCGAUUGGACAGUUCAAUCAGUCUUCUACUGCAAAUUUAGAAUAUUCAUGUUGUAUAUAUGUUCACUUAUCUCUUUAUCAUCUAUGUGUUUGGUGACAAUUGAUCAAUAUAUGGCAACUUCUUCUCGUCCUCAGUGGCAACAAUGGAGCAAUAUUAAAAUAGCUCGUCGCCUAUUAACAGUAGUUGUCACAAUUUGGAUUCUUCAUGCAAUUCCAACUUUGAUAUACUUUGAUCAUGUUGUAUCACCUAUUACAGGAGUAAUUACGUGUACGAGUACAAGUGCCAUUUAUCAAGAAUACUACACCUAUGGUUAUGUACUUUCUUUGCUUGGAGUUGUACCUGCUUUUAUUACAGUUGUAUUCGGAUGUUUAGCUUAUCAAAAUGUGCGACAACUAUCACAUCGUAUAUUACCUCUUAUUCGACGUCAGUUAGAUAAACAAUUGACAACAAUGGUUCUCUUACAAGUCAUCUUCAAUUUCUUUGCUCUUGUACCACCUCUGAUUACAACGAUUCUUUUACUACAAAAUAAUCUCAUUAAAGAUCCAGUAAUUCUUGCUCAAAUACAAUUGGCAAACUAUACCAGCUUCAUUCCUUAUUACUUUUACUUUGCGAGUCCAUUUUACAUUUAUAUAUGUGUUUCUCAACGAUUUCGUCAACAAUUUUUUUAUGUAAUCUUUGGCAUUCAUCUCAAGCGAUUCCGACGACCAAGAAUUAUUAUUAAUCAAGUACUACCAGAGACAUAA